UAACAGAUACGUUGCAGUACACUUGUAAACUUAAACUUGUAAACUUACUUGUAAACGUUUCAGUGUUUGACGCGCACAUCUAAUUAUCGUUCCUCUUCUGGGAGACGAGCGCACGUCAUACAAUAACAAUAACCAAUAACCUAAACAAUAACCUCUGAGCAAUCUCAGUGCCUACAAUUUAAACCAAAGUCCUUAUAAGCUCUGAUUAAACUCACCAGCUGUGUGUGUGAUCAUAUCAUAAAACAGGUGUUACAUCUGUCUGUGCAUACUCUGCAGAUUCUGUGAUCAAGGAGCUUCAGCUGUACUGCCUUUGUAAAACUUAUUUUUUUACAUCGACACAUACUGUAACUGCACAGCAAACGUUAUUACAGUAGAUGGUAAACUCCACUGUAUUAAGAAGUUAAACUAUAACAAACUAUAACGUCGGAAACGUGACCCGCGGCUAGUCUGCCUCUUCUUUUCUAGGCAGGCUAACUUAUUGUUGACCUUUACCCUAGAAUAACCUGAUCUGUCUCUGUCUGUUUCAAGGUAAAAGGUAGAAGGUUGUUUAUUUGUUUCAGAUUUGUGAAACCUUUAUUCUGUUUGUGAAAAUGAAAAAAAAAAAGGGCGAUUUGGCGUUUGAUAUUAAUUAUAUUAUUUGCAGGUAAUCCACAUUAGAGCAGGUCCAGAUCAAAAACCACCAUACCCAGAGCUGUCAAAUCUGGACUAGAUUGUUGCAGAGUCUUUAAAACACAGUUUCAGGUUUAUGAAAUGUUUAUUCUAUUUGUGAAAAUGGAAAAAGGGUCAAUAUGUAUUUUUUGCAUACCCAGAUCAAAAACCACAAUGACUAGAUUGUCCCAGAGAGGCAAAAGAGUCUUUAAAACACUGUUUCAGAUUUGUGAAAGCUUUAUUCUAUUUGUGAAAAUGAAGAAAGGGCCGAUUUAUAUGUAUUUUACAGCAAGACUAGACAGUUGGUUGCAAUUCACAACCUCCACACUAGAUGCCACUAAAUACACUUAACCUUUAAAAAGCAACAUUUCUGUGCUCAGCUAUUUUCAUACAAAUUUUAUUCCAUUCCUCAGUCAAUAUUUAGAAAUCUUUUUUUGUGUUGGUAAAUAAUCAGUGAUUAGUGAUUUUUUUAUUCACUUCAUUUAUAUCAGUCACUGGUGUUGAUGAAAUAUUGUGAGCCAGGUUCAGGUGUGAAGAAGUUUCGGAGACUGAUAAAGACUUAACAUUGCAUGAUUAUUUGAGCCCAGCCAAGGAGAUACAGAGCCAGCAUACAACAUGUGAACACGUCAAAUGCCAACACCAAAUCUGAAGCGUAACAUCUUUUGGUCCCUUUUAUGUUUCUGUCUUCCCCGUAGUGCCUGUGGGAUUUCCCUCUUAGGUCAUCUUUAGCUGGCCUUAACAUAGAACAACUAAUCUAUCUGAUGUUUAGACUCCAAGAACAUGUGAAAAAUAACUAGUGCUGGAAGGUCAGUGAACACUUGUGGGGUCAUCUAAUGACUCUAAGGUAGACCUGUCUAACUUUUCCCUGUUACAUCAAUUAAGCCCCGUAAGAAAUAUCUUCAACAACUGGAUGUUUAAUUUCUCUGGUUCCUGAUGUAGUUAUUAGGUUGCUACUUUUUGGGAGUACAGAUGAAACAAAACGUUACAGUGAAGCCCUUCUAUGUCGCAUUGCCUAAAAAAUGUCAAAAGUCAAAGAAUGAAAGUAUCUUUAGUUUCAGGUGAGAUGUCCUCCCAAGUCAGACUGAGGCUGCUGCCGAGCGCCAGGUGUUUGUUUGACGAGCCCAUUCAGGUGAAGGUGGCCGGGCUGAGGUCGAGACAGGUGGUCUCCAUGAAAGCCAGAUCAACUGACGAGAAAGGAGUGGUGUUCAGCUCCUCAGCCACCUACAGGGCUGAUGGGAGCGGGGAGAUCGACCUGAAGAGAGACCCCUCGCUCAGUGGCAGCUACGUCGGGGUUGAACCCAUGGGUCUGCUGUGGUCGAUGAGGGCGGACACCUUACAUAAGUACUUUUUCAAGAACAAUUCCUUAAACCCACAUGUGGUGAAGUUCUCUGUACAUGAGGGGGAGGAAAGGAUGCUGGCAGAGGUGAACAACGAGAGGCUUCUGAUUGGAGACGGGGUCAGCCGGCUCCCUGUCAAAGAGGGGAAUAUGCGUGGAGUCCUGUUUACUCCCCCAGGAGAAGGUCCGUUUCCUGCUGUGUUGGAUCUGAGCACCUUUCCAUCUGAGAAAAGAGCCUCUCUGCUGGCAAACAAAGGGUUUGUGGUUCUGGCUGUAGCGGUGUACACUGAUAAGCCUGACAACGUGAAAGAGCUCCAUCUGGACCACUUUAAAGAAGCAGUGGAUUUCUUACAACAACAUCCUAAGGUGGGCAGUAAAGGAGUUGGUAUAAUAUCACGAUCAAAGGGGGCAGAUAUUGCGCUUUCACUUGCUGCUUAUGUGCCAGGUGUUGAGGCCACAGUGUGGAUCAACGGCAGCAACGCCAAUAUAGCUGUUCCUCUAUACUACAGGAAACGCCAAAUCCUCACACCAUUACUGUACGACUCCAGCAAGGUGAUUACCACAAAUUCAGGGGCUAUCGUUAUCAAGUACAGUGUUAAAAAUCCCCUGGCAGAGGAAAACAAGGGCAGCCUGGUCCCCAUUGAACAAGCCAAGGGACGUUUCCUGUUUGUGGCUUCAGAGGACGACCUCAACUGGGACAGUAAAGGUUACAUGGAUGAGAUGGUGGAGAGACUGAAGCGUCAUGGGAAGGAUAACUUUGAGACUGUGUAUUACCCGAGAGCUGGACACCUACUGGAGCCGCCUUAUGGACCGUUCUGUCCCUCCGCUUUACAUGGGCUCCUCAGCAGUUCAGUGCUGUGGGGGGGUGAGCCGGUGGCUCACGCAGCAGCUGAAGUCCACAUGUGGAAGAAGAUCCAGGAGUUCUUACGAUCUCAGCUGAGCUGUGAUGCUACUCGUACUAAAGCCAAAUUAUAGAUGCAAAUUGGAUGAUAGGAAAUACUUCAAGGCUGCUAAUUGAAGGUGGGGUGUGCGAUUCUGGAUAAAUCCAAUACCAUGACAAAUAUCACGAUAUAGAGCGCACAGCGACACAGCAAGUAAUGUAACUAACAUUAGAUAAGUUGUGGCUACAGUUGCUGCUGCGAAGCUAACACAGACAGCGAUACUCACAACUCUCCUGCUACUGUAGCUAACAUCACAACCACUGCCUAUCCUGGAGAACUAGAAAGUAAGCUUAGUGUGUGUGCAGUAAUUUAAAGUUACCUGACACACAAAUCAUGACUGGAAUAGUGUUGUGUGACGUUUUCCAAGCCACUUUGUUUGUUUGGGCUGUUUUCAAACACCAGACAGAACGGACAGCUAUCUGAGCGUGAGAAGAUAUUCACUGAAUUUGACAAAAAGAUAUGUAUUGGAUUAGAAUUGCAUACCCCACCUUUAACUCUAGUAUAAUCAUGUGUGAAUGUGUGUUAAUGUUUUGUAAUGAAUAGAACCAUUUAAUAUUUGAUUGAUAAUAGGUGAUAUCGCUUCUUGUAAGGCUAUGAAAACAGGGUGCAUGCUCACUACAUUUAAAGGAGAAAACGUUAAGAUGUAUUUAGUGCACUGCUAGAAUCUGACUGAAAUUGAAUUGUUAAAAUGUGAAUAGUGGAAAAUAGAACAUUUGAGAUUGAAACUGAUAUCAUGAAAUGGCAGCUUGAGAAUCAAAAGUGAAAUCGAAAAAGCCUGAAAUGGAUGAAGGAAAAGCUUAAAGUGAAAAAUGCAAAAGGAAAAACAACUUCACUGAGACAGAAAACAUUGUUACAACCCAGCUCGUUAGGGUAGGGCAGUAACAAGGUAUUUGGGAUAAAUUAAGGUGGUAAGGACAACUGAAUUCAGGUUGAGUCAAUUGUUUAAUUAAAUGAGUUGUCUCCGAAAAAAAAACAACAAAAGGAGGCUAUGUAGGUACUGACAAAAAAAACACUUAACAAAAGGAGGUCAGUACCUACAUGCUGUACAGGAAUGUAGGGUAACCAAACAGAUAAUUUUCCACCUUAAAGGGUGCCACUCACAUUCUGUAGUUCACAAAGUUUUUAACUAACAAGAGUCACUUAAGCAGGCAACCGACAGAAACAGGUAAAUUCAACACUCAAGACAUUCACAGGGGUACACAACCAACAACAAGGCGAACUGAUCACUGGCUCACAGUCACCUUGAACUACAGGAACACAAACUAUUAGUAGGCCAGCUGGUGUUGAUUGGUGAGUCCUGGUUGGCAGGUUCGGUAGGAUCUUCGGCCACACCAAUCAGACGCCAGCAACCAGGAAGUGGGUGGUUCCAGGUCCAGGGGAACCAAUCCUCAACAGGUGCUUGCAGCGGGGAUUUGCAUACAGUUCAGACAACUCCAAAACACAACUACUCUAAGGCAGCCAGCGACGGCCGUAACACUCCCCCCCCUUAAAUUAUAAGCCCCCGUGGCUUGGCAAUAAAGCUACUAACUUAGCUAAUCUCUACAGUCUCGACAAAGCAUCAGCUAGCACAUUUUCAGACCCCUUCUUAUGUCGGAUGUCGAGGUUGAAGUCCUGAACCACCAGUGCCCAUCGCAUGAGUCGCUGGUUGUGGUUAAACAUGCGAGACCGAAAAACAAGGGGAUUAUGAUCAGUGAACACAACAACAGGCAGAGGAGUAGACCCAACAUAUACCUCAAAGUGCUGUAGUGCUAACAACAGAGCAAGGGCUUCCUUUUCAAUGGUGGAAUAAUUUAUCUGGUGUCGGUUGAACUUGCUGGAAAAGUAAGCAACAGGAUGGUCAGUACCAUCCUCCCCGUCCUGUAACAGGACAGCACCAGCGCCCACUGUACUGGCGCCUACCUCAAGCUUGAAGGGAGCGGUAAAGUCAGGGGCAGCGAGCACAGGAGUGUGACAUAACAAGGUCUUUACACUAUCAAAUGCUACCUGGCAUUCUGGGGUCCAUACGUAAUCCACCUUGGUGCUGAGUAAACUUGUGAGUGGGGAGGCGAUACUGGAGAAGUUGCGGCAGUACCUCCUGUAGUAUCCAGCCAUCCCCAGAAACUGGCGCAGGGCUUUCCGGGUCGUGGGAACAGGGCAGUCCCUGAUGGCAACAACCUUGGCCUCAACAGGGCGCACUUGUCCCUGCCCAACCUGCUGUCCAAGAUAGGUGACGGUGGCUUUUCCAAAUUCGCAUUUGACAACAUAAAAAAGUAUAAAACAGGAAGUUCUCUGAUAAAAUACUUUAAGCUUAAAUUGAAAUAGGAAAACAUCUUAAGACAUCAGAAGCUGAAGAAACCUUAGUUUUUGAAAUAAAGUAAAAUUUAACCAAGUUAGCAUACAAUACUUUGUUGUCCAUUUUCCUUUUAGAACUUUAAGUCGCAUAUAAAGUAGGAUGACAAGGAAAGUGUCCUAUCUCUCAUUUUGAAUGUUAUUCUGUAUAGGCUACGGUAAUUUUGUAUUCUUAAUUUUUUUUUGUCUUGUGUACUGACACAUAUCAAUAAACUUGAACUUAACCAUC